GAAAAGAGGAGAUAGAAAAAAAAAUCAGGUAGGAAGGAAGAGACAGAAAAAAAAAAAAAUAUAAGAAUUAGCAUGUGUGAGAUGAAGUCUUUCCAAAAAACUUCCGCCACACAAUAAGUUUAUGUAAAUCCAUCUUUUUUAAACAUUUGUGUUUUUCAAUGUAACGCUUACAAAAACAAAGAGAGUAUAACAAAAUACGGUAUAAUUUUUAUUUAGAAAGAAUAAAUCUAACAAUACAAAAUCAAACCAAACCCAAAAAUCCGAUCUGAACCUCAGUCCAACAUAAUGAAAAAUUCAUCCUUGUGGUUCAAAAGAUUCUUGUUAAUUCCAACUCGAUUUUGGACCUGUGUACACCCCUAACAAUACAAUCACGUAAUUUCAUAAAGUUAGUUUAGUUAGGUGGGGCCCGCCGGUAGAAAAUUAUUUGGCGGGUAUUUUCUCUAUCAUCAAACUUUCAGCGUACGAUUGUCACUUCCUCCUUCACCCUCUUAAAGCGCAGAUAAUUCAUGUUCACUUCAAGGGUUACAUACACUACUUUCAGCAACACCCUAUUUCCUCUCUUGUUUUUGUACUAAUUUUCUAUUCACAUUCCCUAAUUUUUUCCCCAAAUUUGCAAAUUAGGGUUUCGCUAAAGCUUACAGUGGAUUUCAAUGGCGAUUGUGGAGGAAAGGAGGCCAGGAAUUCAAGUUACGCCGGAUCAAAAUCCGAGCCCUAGAAAGGUAGAAGAAGGUCUGAUUGUAUCUCAAUCUAGCUCUUGUCAACCCAAAGAUGAACCUUCUUCGGUUAAACCUGUUACCCCUAAAGACGCCAUUAUCGCCGUCGCUUCCAAAAUCGCUGCACAGCCUCUCCCUUGUUCUGAUCCUGAUGUUUGGGGUGUUCUUACCGCUAUUUCGAACAAUGCUCGUAAGCGGUCUCAGGGAAUAAAUAUUUUAUUAACCGCCGAUGAGCAUUGCAUUGGACGAGUAGUAGAUGAUGUGCGUUUUCAUAUAGACUCAAAUGCAGUUAGUCAACGACAUUGUGCAAUCUCUAGGAAAAGAGUUCCCAAGGAAGACGUUGAGAAUCCUUCUGGUUUCUGCAAUGCCGCCUUUCUAAAAGAUACAAGCACCAAUGGAUCUUAUCUGAACUGGGAGAGAUUGAAGCGAGGCAGCUCUAAGUUUGAAGCUAAGCUUUGUCAUGGUGAUAUCAUAUCACUAGCAGCUCCUCCUCAGCAUGAGCAUGCAUUUGCAUUUGUUUAUCGAGAAGUCUCAUCAUCCGUCCCUUCAUCUGAUGGUACCGUAUCGAAGAGAAAAGCAGAGGAGUUUGGUCCCGAAACCAAAAGACUUAAAGGCAUUGGUAUUGGCGCUACUGAGGGUCCUGUUUCUCUUGAUGACUUUCGAAGCCUUCAACGUUCAAAUACGGACUUGAGAAAGCAAUUGGAAGAUCAUGUACUUACAAUUGAUGCAUUGCGGAAUGAAAAUCGUGAAGUACUUGAACGUCAUCAAAAUGAGAUGAAAGAUCUCAAAGUGUCUGUUUCAAAGUCUUAUGAUGAUCAACUGAAUGAACUAAAUGUGUCAUUGGAAUCUACAAAGAAGGAAUUGACUGAGGUCAAUAAAAGUUUUGCUGAACAAAAGCAUGCUGUUGAAGAUCUAAAUGAAAGACUUUCUGCUGCUUUGCAGUCAUCUACUGAAACAAAUGAAAUAGUGAAAAGCCAAAAGGCAACUAUAGCUGAACUGAAAACACGGCUAGAUGAAGAGCGUGACCAGAGAAGAGAAGAGCGAGAAAAGGCUGUUGCAGAUCUGAAAGCUUCAAUUCAAAGGGUUCAGUCUGAGGCUGAAGAAGAAUUAAAACGAGUAUCAGAUGCUGCUUCGAGGCGAGAAAGAGAACAACAAGAAAUUAUUAGUAAACUUCAGGAAGCAGAAAGAGAGAAUUCAUCACUGGUGGAGAGUCUGAGAUCCAAAUUGGAGGAAACUAGACAGAAGUUGGUCUUAUCUGACAAUAGAGUUCGCCAACUUGAGGUUCAAGUAUCAAACGAACAAAAGUCCUCUGCUUUCAGAAAAAAACGAGUGGAGGAACUUGAAGUUGAAACGAGAAGCAUGAGGAAAGAGCUUGACAAAGAAAAGCAGGCAGCUCGGGAAGAAGCAUGGGCCAAGGUCUCCGAACUUGAGCUAGAAAUAAAUGCUGCUAUGCGGGAUCUUGAAUUUGAAAGACGAAGGUUAAAGGGUGCUCGGGAAAGAAUCAUGCUGCGGGAAACACAGCUGCGUGCCUUUUACUCGACGACAGAAGAGAUCAAAUUGCUGUUCACAAAGCAGCAAGAACAAUUAAAGUCAAUGCAGAGAGCUCUAGUAGAUGAGGAGGAUUAUGACAAUGCCUCUCUAGAUGUUCUCCGCCAUACAGCAGAGGAGAACGAUGAUGGAAAUGCAGCUGCUGGAAUUGAAGCUACAAGUAACAGAACUAAUGCUGCUGCUAAGGCCGGCCCUAGCAAUUCAGCGAAGAGACAUGAACAAGGUGGAGUGGCUGAGACUUCCAGCGAAGAAGGUAGCGCCACUGAGAAGCAUGACUGUGAUAAUAGAAACCAAGAUGAUGAAGAUACCCAAGAAGCUGAAUUUCCCAUUAAUGAGGGCAUGGUUAAAGCUGGGUUUGGGUCUGACAUUGAUGGUGUUGGAACAGCUCCCAUGUUUGAAGGUGAUGGUGAUGGAACUGAGCGAGUUCUUGAAACUGAAAGCCCUGGUGCUGAUGGUGAAAGAAAGACAGAAAUGAAUAAAACUGGUGAUCUUGCUGGGGACACAAUGCAGCUUGAUGAGGACACAAAUGUGCAAGAAACUGAGCAGCAGAUCCCUCAUAGGUGUGAAGACAAUCUUCAGGACUCUCUCUUGAAUGACAGAGAGGAAGCAGUGAAGGCUACUGAGGAUGCAAAACCUGGAGGCAUCGGAACAGAAGAUCUUUUGGCAUCAGAAGUUGCUGGUAGCUGGGCUUGUAGUACGGACCCUUCUUUAUAUGGAGACAAUGAAUCUCCUCACAACGAGAGAGAAAAUCAAGCAGUUACAAAUGAUUCCAUUACUCAGGUGGCUGAGUCUCAAAGUUUACCCUCUGGUGCUCUUACUAGGACAAUGCAUUCAGACCAAGAAAUUCAAGCAUUGAGUAAUAUGAUUGGAAUCAUGGCACCUGAUGUAAAGGAGCAGUUCAAGAGUUCUGUCGGUAAUAGUUCUCAAGAAAACAAUGCCAAAGUUUCUGACUCUGAAUCGGAAACUGAUGAUGAAUGCGUUGAAGCUAGUAAAAUUGUAGAUGCAGAUGAUGGGUCAGAAUCAGAUGAUGAAACACAGGCUCAUGACCAAGCUAAUAAAAGUGAAGACGAUGAAAUGGAUGAAGACGAUGAUGAUACCCAGGAAGACUCUGUGGGAUAAUUAUUAGGGUCAUAUUUUCGUUUCCCGUUUUCUUCUUCCCAUCUUAAUCUCUUUUCUUGUUCAAUUAGUCAUUGCUGAUUGGUGAGUUACAGGAAAAAUAAGUGUAAAUAUAGUGUAUAAGCUGUAAUUAUUUAGGGAAAGAGGUGUCUUUAGUCCCACUUUUAUUUGUUUAGGAGCAGAGUGGUUACAAUUUUUAAUUUUUAUUUAUCUGAGGAAGAUGUUGGCACUUAUAUUUGUUGUUGUAACUAGUUUAGGAUUCUUAGGAUUUAUAAUGAGUUUACUCAGUUGAGCCUGUAAGGGAUUAGUACAAUCCAAUCUAACGGUAAUUGAUAUGAAUUUGGCCUUUGAUGCUGCUACAUUUGGUUC